AUUUGAAGAUGCUUGGUUAAUUCGUGCUAUUUUGAUCUUUCUUAUGGAUUGUGAUUUUAGUACAUUCAGCCUUCAUAAGUAAGUUCUGUUAAGUUCAUUUUAUUUCUUGAUCAGGUUUUUAGUUCAAAUCCCAUACACUACUUGAUCAGGUUUUUCUCCGGAAAAAAGCAAAAGAAAGAAGAGUUUGUUGCCCUUUUUGGCUCUGUGGUCAUGUACAUUACUUCAUGAUGGGAACUGAAGAUAAAACGCUGUUUUGUUUCUGCCAUUGGGGCGGAAAGAACGAAGUACUUCCAGAUGGAUCCACUUCAUAUGUGGGAGGUAUUACCGAUCAGAUUAUUGUGAAGAUAGGCAUAAAGUACAAUGAUUUUAUGAAUGCAGUUUUCGAUCGGUUAAGCAUUGAUCCUUCAGAUGAAGUCUUGCAGUUUACAGUGAAGUUUGAUAAGGCUCAAUUGAUACGACUGAGAGACCAAGAAGGUGUCAAUACUUUGUUACAAUUUAAUGACGGUUUUGCCCAUGUUUAUGCAUCAAGUUCCGGAAAGGAGCCUAAUUCUGCAGUUGCUGCUAAUAUGGCUACCACUAGGGUUUCAACCACUGAGGUCGAAGCAGUCUCUCUCGGAAGCGCUGAGGAAGAACAAGUGAGUGCCGAUACUCCAAUUCCCACACCUUCACAUCAAUGGAUCACUGAUGGAACUCCAGAUGCUGCUGCCAACUGGAGUGAAUUGCUUGUUGGGGAAGGACAAGCUUUCGAGAUCGCCGCUGCUUUUAGGCUAUCAGUUUUCAAGUACUCGAUCGCGAAUAGAUUUCACUACAGGAUUUUGCACAACAAACCUAGAUAUAUUAGCAUACAUUGUGCCUCUGAUGGCUGCCCGUGGAAAUUAAGUGUUGGGAUCGAGAAAAAAUCUCAAAAUGUUUCCAUUAGGAAAUUUGUUGAUUCUCACUCGCAUCCUCCUCUAGAUUCAUCGCAACUUAAGCCUCGGAUUAGGAUGAAGUGGUUGGGUGGUAUCAUGCAAGAAGAUAUAUUGGGAAGUCCGGAUUGUUUGCCUCGUAAAGUGUGCGAGGAUGCUGAAAAGAAUUUGGCGAUCAAAUUGACCUACCGUCAGGCUUGGAGUGUAAAGCAGAGGAUUCGCGAGGCAAUUGAUGAGAAGUCAGGUGAAUCCUAUAAAUUAAUUCCCUGGCUAUGCAAUCGGUUAACCGAAGCAGUGCCCGGAACUAUCGCUACAUAAUCAUGCACCGAGGAAAACAGAUUCAAGCGGUGUCAUAUGAUUGCUCGAUACUUGGGUUCCACGUCAGAUGUAGACCUUUAAUCUUUAUCGAUGUUUACAACUUGAAUGGGCUCCACAAAGACAGCUCCUUUAUAGUUGCUUCGGCUUUGGAUGCGGAUAACGAGAUGUAUCCUCUAUCUUACGGCGUUCUCCUGUCCAUGAACGAGGAAGAUCUUCUGUGGUUUCUAGAAAAGCUAAAGCUCGUUGUGCAGAAUCGCGAGGUCGUCGUUGUUUCUGGCUCGGGUCUCCCUUUCCUCUCCAGCUUGGACAAAAUGUUUGGCGAUGAAAACCACAGCUUUUGUUUUCAUUGCAUAAAAGAGAAUUUUAAUAAAUUUGUGGACGGAAAUACAGCCUUUAAAGUGCAGGGGAGAGGAAAGGAGAUUGCAGUUAAGUACUUGACUGACAUUGCAUAUGCGCGAACACUAGAUAGUUAUAAUGAAGCUCUAGGAAAGAUCUGUUCUUUCCGAAGAGAAUUGUAUGAUUGGGUAAUAGCUAGCUAGCCGGAGCGUUGGUCUAAUGCCUUGUUCAGGAAGCCUCGGUGGGACCAUCUGAAUUGUAAAUCUACGGAUUCUCUCAACUAUUUUAUAGAGGAGGAGAAAUUUGUACAUGUCCUAGAGUUGAUGGAGGCUUAUCAUGAGAAGCUUUAUAUAUUAUUACAGAGUAACAAGCUCAAAAUCAAAGAAUGGAACCUUCCGAUCGGUCCUCGGGUUGCUGAAAAGAUUUUCGAAAACCAAAAAGUCGGUGAUCACCUAGCGGUGACGGUUCUAUCUGAUGUUGAGUUUAAAUUAGGGGACCUGCAUGGCAGAGAAGAAGUUGUAAACCUCAAACUCUGGACAUGUACAUGUUUAGAGUGGCAAAUGACUGGGAUCCCGUGCAGCCAUGCAUGCAACGCGAUUACCAUGGCCAGUAUGAAUAUUUAUCAGUAUGUUGCUGAUUGGUACAAAAGGGAGACUCAAGAACAUAUAUAUGCUGAAGUUAUGGAUGAACUAGCAAAAUUUGGUAUACCACAUCCGGAUGAUAUUGUUUCUUCGGCUUCCUCAGGUAAUGACGUUGUGCUAUGUCCACUUUCACCGCGUGUUAAAAGACCUCCUGGUCGUCCCCGGAAAGAACCUAAAGGACUUCAAGUUGAAACUGUAAAAAGACCUAUACGGUGUUCCAAGUGUGGCGGCGUUGGACAUAAUAAACGUACUAAAUGCAGUUCUGUAGCACAGUAAACUAUUGUUCAAGGUAUCAACAAUUUUAUCUGUGAACCCCUUGUGAGCGUUAGCAGUAUUUUGCAGUUACUGCUUUAAAAAUUUUGAGUCCACCUGUGUCAGCUUGGUCACAUUGUCGAUCCCAAGCCCAAGGUUGCAGUAGGUUGUUGUUAGCCAGAGUAAAACUAGUCAAUGUAUGAUGAAUGCUCACAGUACAUAAUAUAUUGUUGGGGUGUGCUUACAUAGGCCCGUGUUUUCAUGUUAGUAGAAAAUAUAGAGAAUUUCUAGUUUUUUUAAUUUUUUAUUUUUAUUUUGUAUAACAUGAGAUGAGCUUAAAUGGAGCGAUAUGUUCAGUGAUGAUUCAUAUAGUCGGCUCCAACUUCUUUGCAAUUGA